AUGGAAAGAAAUAGCUUGGUGUUCAGAAGUGUGCCCCCGGCUCCGGCACGUUGUGUUUCUAUUGCCGGUAGGGUUGGUUCCGCUUUUCUCAAGGCUAAAGGGAAGUCUGACCCCAAGGAGGCUUUACGUAUCUCUUCCUUUAUUAAAUGGGAUCUUCCUUACCGACAUGAUGUGAUUAAACUCAAUUUUGAUGGUUCAGUUUCAAACAACCGUGCUGUUGCUGCCUUUGUGCUCCGUAACAGUAAUUCACAUGUGAUUGGGGUGGGGGCUCUUAACCUUGAUGGCGCUACUAUUUCGUUACUAGAAGGGAUAAGUUUGCGAGAAAGGCUCCAAUGUGCUAGGCACAAGGGUUUUACCAAAGUGAUGGUGGAAGGGGACUCUAAACUCAUCAUUGAAGUUGUGCAAGGUCAUUGGAGGAUUCUUUGA